UGUCUAAACCAUGAAGAUGGCAGCACUAUGGAUUGUGGCUUUGCUUGUAUCUGUCUCUUCCAUCAUCGACCUUCCAAAAUCAGCACAAGUUGUUGCAUCUGAUGAUGAUAUUGAUACAGACAGGGAGAUAAGCAUCGAUUGUGGGGUAACUCAAGAAAGUCAGGACACAAAUGGAUUUCAUCAUGAUGCAGAUAAUGCAGAGUUUGUAGAAUCUGGAAAAAUAUAUAAUAUAUCUUCAAAGGACACAUUUGAUAAUAGCCAAGAACAAGUUUGGGAGCAGAUGAAAACACUGAGAAGUUUCCCAGAAGGCAAAAGGAAUUGUUACACACUCAAACCCAGGCAAGGCAAACGCAACAACUAUCUCAUCAGGGCUUACAUGUCAUAUGGAAACUAUGACAACAAAAACUCUAUUCCAUACUUCCAUUUACAUCUUGGUGUCAAUUUCUGGGCAGAAAUUAAGUUUGAAAACGUCAAUGCAAUUCGACGAAAAACAGUCGUUCAACUGUCCCCAACAAACUACAUUGAUGUCUGUCUUGUAAACGUUGGUAGAGGGAUGCCUUUUAUUUCGUUGUUAGAACUAUGGCCUCUGUCAAAUUCUAUAUAUAGAGCCACCUCUAGUUUGCUGCCUUUAGGCCUCAUGACAUGUGUUAACUUGGGUAUGUCUGAAAACCUUAAAUUUAUCAGAUAUGCAGAUGAUAUCUAUGGUAGAUCCUGGUUGAAUGGAAAGUUGAAUAACUCUGAGAAAUUCUCCACAUCAGAAGCAAUUAACAGUGAUGUAAAAGAGUAUAGACUACCAAAUGAAGUGUUAAGAGCUGCAGUCCGAGCACUGAAUGAUUCAACUUCCUUAUAUAUCACCUUGACCACCGUUAAUUUUACAGCAGAUAGCGAACAUUAUGUUUACCUUCAUUUUUUUGAUUUCGAGGAGCACUCUAAGGGUCAAGUAAGAAGCAUGGAAAUUACUUUUACUGAUGCAAUCCGAGUGCAAGUAACUCUUAAAUACCAGGAUGUCUAUACCUUGGUUAAGAGAAUUCCAAAAGGGGUUAAAUUAAAUAGUAUUUCAAUCACAUCGACCCCAGGUUCUGGUUUACCCCCGAUGAUCAAUGCUUACGAGAUUUAUAGAACACUACCCCAACCAAAUACCCCAACUCAUGAACAAGAUGGCAAGUAUAUAGGAUACUGA